GAUACAAAACCCAAUUGGCAUUCUAAAUGGAUUCAAUCAAGCUUCUGUGAUAUCCAACUGAGAAAUUUUUCAAAAUGAAGCAAUGAGCUUCCAAUCAGUUUUACAGGAAAUCACAAGUUGAUCUAAGCUAUGAUACCUCAAAGAUAUUUUAAUCCAGUACAUAUUGAAGUUGGAUCAAUCAAACCUUUCUACCUCUAUUGCAUCAAUUCAGGUGCUGUAUGGAGCGCUUGAUAUUCUAAAUCAGACCAGGAUAUAUAGACAGCAGACAAUAAUAUCAGCAUCUGAUUCUUUUAUCAAUAUUUCAGAUUCAAGUAUUUUUAACACUGAGGCAAACUAUUACCAUACUGUAGCUAUAAACUCUAAAUUAAUGUAUCAAAAUGUGGAGAUUAGAAAUGUCACACAGUCAGAAAACACAGCAUUAAUUUUAGUGAUGUCAGAAAGCAUUCUCCAAGGGAUAAAUUUGACCUUCAAAGACUCAAAUACUGCCAUUUUUCUUGUUCAAGAUUCGAGUGCAAAUAUCAAUAAAAUCAAUUUUCAGAAUAUCAUCAACGCUAGUUCCUUUAUCAACUUCAGAAAGGCAAAAGAUAUCAGGAUGAGUAGUAUAGACAUCUCUCCAACUUGUACAGUCUUAGACAAUUACUAUUUGUUCGAAAACACUAAAAAUAUAACUUUAACAGACAUAGAAGUCUCUGGGCUCCAAAAACUGUUCUUCAAAUCUUACAAUUCUGAAUUUUCAUCAAUAAAGAACCUUAGAGUUGAUAACAGUCAUAAAACUAUUGAAUUGACCGAAUCUAGUGUUGCAGCCAUGGAAGAUUGAGUUUUCAUUGAUAAUGGAAGUAAUUCCACCCAGAAUGGAGGAGCAAUAAAGAUCUCAAAUUCUAAAGUGACUAUAAAUAGUUCUUUAUUUAUAAACAACACAGCUAUUAGUGGUGGUGUAAUUUCAUUUCAUUGCACUUCUCAAGAGAAAUGUAGUUUUAGUGUGGCUAAUUCUACAUUUAUAGGAAAUACAGCACUGGAAAAGGGAGGAGCUAUUUAUUAUGAUUACCAACCUCCUGUUAAUAAAGAUAUUGUAUACAUUAAUAAUACUGCUCCAUAUGGGAAUAAUUUGGCUAGCUAUCCUUACUGAAUUAGUCUAAUUGGAAAACCAUGAGAUUCUGUUCUAACACUGAAUAAUUAUGGAUCAGGAAUAGCAAGUGACACACCUCUAAAAUUUGCGCUUUACGAUUAUGACGGCCAAAUUAUGAAUUUAGACAGCUCCUCACAAUUCAUUAUAUCCUCAUCUACAGUCAAUGAUGGGAAAAUAAUGGGCAUCAACAAUGCUGUUCUUAAGAGUGGGAUCGCUACUUUCAGCAGUAUAUUAUUUAUUGCUGAGCCAGGAUCAAAAUCUGUGCUAUUCAAAGUAUCAUCUAGAAUUUUAGAUAAAGAUAAGCUUAAAGUUGUUCAUAAUAAAAGUGAAGCAUACAGACAACUUGAAAUAAACUUCAGAAAAUGAAGGCCAGGAGAAAUCAAGCGUGGAGAGAAGUGUGAAGUAUGCUCCACUGGAACAUAUUCAUUAGGAUGGAGCUCAGCUUCUUGCCCCAAAUGUGUUGAAGAUUCGGUGUGAAAUGGUGGAUAUAGUAUUUCUGUUAAUCAUGGAUAUUGGAGAAGGACUAUAAAUUCCACGAAUAUCAUAAAAUGACUUUCUGAAGAAGCAUGAGAAGGAGGAUUUGAGCAGAGUACUUUAACCCCAACUAAAUGCAAAGAAGGCUAUGAAGGACCCUUGUGAUCAAAAUGAAGUUUGGUUAAUGACUCAAAAUAUGAGAGACUGAAUGAAUUUGAAUGAGCAAAAUGCCCAAGCCUAGCCAUAAGUUUAGUUUACGUCUCUUUUAAAAUGAUUUUGGUAAUUAUUUACUUUACAAUAACCAUUGGAACCAAUAUUAGGAAAACAACAGAAAAUAUUCCUUUUAAAGAAAAUGAAAUUUCUGUUCUAAUGAGAAUAUUUACUCAUUAUAUACAACUAGUUGUUACAUCAAUGUCAAUGAGUUCAGAAUAUCCUCAGUUUAAUAACACUUUUGGUUCUGCUAUCAAAAUAUUAGGAGGACCUUCUAGAGUUUUAAUAUCAUUUGAUUGAUUUGUUCCAGACAGUGAAAUUAAAGGCCCAUUCAAAUCAAGCUCAGAGUUCAAACUAUUUCUUAUGAUGCUAUUACCAAUAAUCUUAUUCACACUCUUUUCUGUGUUCUGGUGAGCAGCUUAUAUCUGAGGCAAAGGAUUCUUUAAAAAUCUUACAAAGAAUUUAACGAUAUCAUACAUCAGCAUAAUAUUCUUGCUCCAUCCAAAACUCACUCGAGAAAGCCUCAACAUGUGGAGAUGAGUUGAAAUUGAUGAUGAUGUCAAAGUUGCUAGAUACAAUAUGGAUCUAGGAUGUUAUUCAUCUGAACAUAUCAAAUACUGUGCCUUACUUUCUCUACCAAUACUCGUUGUUUGGGUAAUAUCAAUGCCAAUUCUAGCAUUUAUCUUAUUAUACAAACAUAGAAAAGCAGAAGACCACUAUAGAUUCAAAGAAUACUUGCUGAUUCUUUAUCAAGGCCUAACUCCUGAAUGUUUCUACUGGGAAUUUGUCAAUAUCUUCAGGAAAUUCCUCAUUCUAUGCUGAUUAUUAAUUGAUAAUGAUUACAGAAUUUUACUAUCUUUGUUUGUCCUCUUGGCUUCUGCAAGAUGGCAGCUUUAUCUUAAGCCUUACAAAGAUGAAAAUAAUAACAAGGUUGAAUAUUUAUCUAUUAUGAGCGGAUUCACAAUUAUUUUAUCAAUCAACAUAUUUGUAAGGAAUUCUGAGAUGCAAACUCUCAAUACAAUUAUGAGCAUGAUUGUUUUAACCAUAAAUAUAACAUUCUUCAUCAGUUGGAUUCACCUAGUGUUCAAAAUAUACCAAGAAAAGUUUCAGAUUUUUAUGAUUCUUUAUAAAAUAACAGGAUGGCUAACAUGCAAGAAAAAUAUGCUAAGCUCCUCUGAAGCAACAGCUAUCUCAAAUAUGAAUGAAGGAGUUCGUGUAGAAGUGGUCAAAAGGCUUAGAAAGUCUAAAAAUAAACGGAAGAUAAAUCGAAAAAGGAAGUUCAAAAAGAGAAAGAGAACGCCAAAGAAGUUGAUAACCCACCUGCCUUCCACAUCCCAAAGAUUCAAAAUCUCUUCGCCCAGGCUCUUCAAAAAAACAAAGGCAAAAGUCACUGAAAACAGAAUGGAUUUAAGCUAAGUUCUAAAUUUAGGGUAUUUUCAGUGGGAUUUUGAG